AUGACGUCGCUCUGACUGCAAGUCCGACCGACUCCUUCGUUUGUUUUUAUUACUCUUUUAAUCUCGGGCCCCGAAUCGGUAAUCUGCAAAAUGACGGCCACAAUGUGAGAUGAUCUGCCGCUGUCGCUCGACCCGUCGCUGUCGCUCGUCCUAUCAGGAGCAGCGGCUCGCUGUGGACGAUUAUUAGUGAUAAUACGCAGUAGACUUCUCCAGUGCGUCUAGCUGUCAAACUGAAAACUAUGUAUUGGAAAGAGUAGACAAGAACACAUGUGUUGAUAUUUAUUGACUUUGCUUUGUGUGUCUUUUUUUUGUCCCCUGGAUUAUCGCUGCCCAGCAACACAGCCACCUGACAACUCUGAAUGUCGUAAUUAAGGUGAAUCGAUGAACCAGCAAUGGAAACCAAAAGAUACCAAAGUUUAUUUGAUGGAAGUGAUACAGAGAACAAAUGGUCUCAGGCCCCCAGCACCAUGGAGUACAGCUGCAAUACUGAGGCUCAGAGUCUGACUAGUAGUGAUAUCCUGAUGGACAUAGUCAGUGUCAGCUGCCCUGCUGGAAGCCCGACCACUGACUGCAAAGACAACAGUACAAAGAAGCAGGGCCAGCAAAUGCUUCGGCUCAGCCAGACCCAGCCAUUUGCACUCCCACACUUCAACAACUCUCUCCAUGCUCAUAAGCAGGAAAUGGACUCCAAGGAGCUUUCCAAGACUGUGGCUGAGUCUAUGGGCCUGUAUAUGAAUGCUGCCAGGGAGGCAGACUUUGGCUUUAGCCAACAAGGGGGCAGUACCAGCCCUGGGAAGAUGUAUCCAGUGUGUGGACGGCCUCUGGAGGACACCCGGUGCAGUUCCACAAACAGCCCCAAGUUAAAGCCUUUUGGUUUCCAGCAGUCCAGCACAACUCCCAGAGAAUGUAUCGCUGGGACUCCAGCUAGCUCAAAGCCUAUGAUGGCCUCAUCGCUGUCCUGCAGUCCCCAGACCUCCAGCUCCAUCUCUAGCCCUGGGGGCAGCAAUAAUAUGGUGUCAUCAACUACCAGUCCUCUUACGUGCUUUGGACCAAUGUGCUCCUCCGUCAGUAGUCCUGUCAGCCAGACAUCUUGUGCUGCAACUCUGGCCAACAUCAAACACAGGAAUUCAGCCACAUGCAGCCCUGUGGAGUCGAGCACAGUGGGCUCACCACCACUCACCAGCCCGCUCAACAUCAUGAGGUCCCCCAUGUCCAGCCCCCAGAGUAUGAGCAGUGUGAGAUCCCCUCCAUCCUGCAGCACUACUUGUAACAUUAGAUCAUCUGUUUCAAGCCCUACAGGUGGCAGCUGCACCAGCACUGCCAUCAACUGCAACACAGUAAGGCUCUCCAUCUCCAGUCCGGCCACAGGGGCCCCUAUGGCUGUCAGCAGCCCACAGAACCUGUCUUCUGGUGGGUUUGCUGUGUCCAGUCCUGCUGGUGGACUGGGUUUGGUGCAGAAUGACACCAACAGCCCAGAAGCAACAGGUCUGAUCAGAGAUACAGACUUCAAGAACUUUGAGUUCCCUAAAGUAGAGAUGGUAGAUGGGGAGGUGUUCAACGUCGGCUUAGACCAGGUAGGCAUGGUUAAGUACAUUAAGAAUGAGCCUGGAACUGAUUUCAGGAGCAUGUGUUUAGGCAGCUCCAAGUGCAAUGCGAGCACCACACCCUUUGUCACACAGAUUAAGAGUGAGCCAAACAAAAAUGUGGGAUGUAUGAAUCAACAGCCCUACGGUGAGCAGUCACCAUCUCUUGGUCUCUUCUCAGCGCCUGAGACCAACUAUCUGUCCCUGAGGAAUAAUAUUGAUGAAUACAGUCUUUCUGGUAUCUUAGGACCCCCUGUACCCUCUAUGAAUGGGAACUUUGAGCCUGAUGUGUUCUCCAACAAUGUCCUGUCUAAAGGGGUUAAACAGGAGUCCAAUGAUGGCAGCUAUUACCAAGAGAAUAACAGCAUGCCCACAUCGGCCAUUGUUGGAGUUAAUUCCGGUGGACACUCAUUCCAUUACCAGAUUGGAGCGCAAGGAACAAUGUCUUUCACACGGCAUGAUGUGGGGGACCGGUCCAAUCCUUUGUUGAAUCUAAUUUCACCCGUAACGGCAUUAAUGGAGUCAUGGAAAUCUCGGCCAGGCGUGUCACAGGGGUCGCUGUCAACAAGAGGUGAAGGAUACCUGGGUCAGAACUGCAUCACGGACAGCAUGUCGAGCUCACCACUGAGACAGCCAUCCUCAACAGCCAAAGUGUGCCUGGUUUGUGGAGACGAGGCAUCAGGAUGCCACUACGGUGUUGUGACCUGUGGAAGCUGCAAAGUCUUCUUCAAAAGAGCUGUGGAAGGUCAGCACAACUACCUGUGCGCCGGGAGAAAUGACUGUAUCAUCGACAAGAUUAGAAGGAAAAACUGCCCAGCAUGUCGUGUACGGAAGUGUCUCCAGGCCGGGAUGAACCUUGGAGCACGAAAGUCCAAGAAGCUAGGGAAACUGAAGGGAGUCAGCGAGGACCUGCAGGGUUCUAAGGAUGGCCAAACUGCCACAGGUGGUGUUGGAGGCGUCUACCUGUCCUCUGAGAAGGAACUGAAUGCCACCGCUACCAAAGCCCUGGUCCCCCAUGGGCCUGGAGUGGUCACACCUUUUCUGGCACCCUCCAUCUGCAGCGUGUUGGAGCUGAUCGAGCCUGAAGAGGUGUACUCUGGUUAUGACAACACACAGCCUGACACCACUGACCACCUGCUGUCCAGUCUCAACCACCUGGCCGGAAAGCAGAUGGUACGCAUGGUGAAGUGGGCCAAAGUACUUCCAGGUUUUCGGGCCCUGCCCAUCGAGGACCAAAUCACCCUGAUCCAGUACUCCUGGAUGUGUCUGUCCUCCUUUGGCCUCAGCUGGCGCUCCUACAAACACACCAAUGGACAGAUGCUCUACUUUGCCCCUGACCUCAUCUUUAACGAGGAACGCAUGCGGACAUCAGCCAUGUAUGACUUAUGUCUGGGCAUGAGGCAGGUGAGCCAGGAGUUUGUGCGACUGCAGCUAACCUACAACGAGUUCCUCUCCAUGAAGGUCCUCCUGCUUCUCAGCACAGUUCCCAAAGAGGGUCUGAAAAACCAGGCAGCGUUCGAAGAGAUGAGGGUUAAUUACAUUAAGGAGCUACGACGUUCAGUGGGAAAAGCAACCAACAGCUCCGGCCAAACCUGGCAGCGCUUCUUCCAGCUCACCAAGCUACUAGAUGCCAUGCAUGAUCUGGUGGGGAACCUGUUGGACUUCUGUUUUUACACCUUUCGUGAGUCCCAGGCCCUGAAGGUGGAGUUCCCUGAAAUGUUGGUGGAGAUCAUCAGUGACCAGAUAACAAAGGUGGAGUCAGGCCUCACUCACACAAUCUACUUCCACAAGAAGUGACUCACUGAACAAUUGGGACACAUGUGGUAUUAAUAACUGGAAGAGGGGAAGCAAAUGUUCAAGGAAGAGAAAAUGUGCAAAGAAGGCCUGACCAGUUGGCCUGCACCCUGUCACCCAGUAUGCCAGCAUCCUCAUCUCGGAUGGGAAAGUUAAGUGACAUGGUGGCAGAGGAAAAAGGGGAGAAGGAUUUCACUCUGCCAUCACCGCGAGCGGGUCAGAGCUGUGAAUAGUUUGUGAAGUCGAGCACGACAUGCAGAGAACGACUUGUGGCAAAUGUGACAAGGCAUCCUGAAGUACCCCCUGUGCCCCCUGCCCCAAAGACGAUAACAGUAUUUUCUAUGGAGAUAAAGCCAUACACUUCUUAGGAUGCGACAGAUAUGUUCACUAAUGCACAUAUGCACGCACACAUUCACACACAUGUAGAGGGGAGUUGAAAAACAUGUUGUCCACAUGCCUUCACACAAAUGCACAGAUGCACUCCACAUGCACUAAAAUCAGAUUCCCUUACAAAUCUACUUAAAACUAUUUUGCAAAUAUUAACUUGGCUUAUGCAGUCUUUCGUAAAUAAUAGCACUAUGAAAAAAAUAUGCCAAUACUUAGAUUUUGCUUUGCAGUGUAGCAACAUGCUGCAGGACUACAGGGCAAAGGACAUUAUGAGGAGGCACAGAAAUUCUAGACUGUAAGGCUAAAGGUCUAUCUAAAUAUAUUCCAAGGGCUAUCUAUACAAGUGUCGUCAUAUGCUGAAUGAUUACAUUAAAUCUAAGAAGUCCAAGUUUGAAUCUCAAUCGGUGUCAUAAGAGCCAUCAUUAACAUUAACAUACUGGGUUUUUUAAAAUCCAAAUAUGAAGAAAACAAUCAAAACUAAUAUGCAAAAGUCCAAAUCUAAAGUUGUCUUGAAAUGUGUCUCUUGUGUAAAAGAAAGCUUGCACGUGAAGCACUGACAUCAUUAUUAAGUCACUAUUUUAGGCAUUGUGGUGAAGAAUUAAGAUAGUAGUGACGAGUGAUUUUACAUUUGUGCAAAAAUGGUCAGGAUUGCUGCAGGAUGGAAAACAUCACACAUUUACAGAAACGGUUUCAACAGAGCCUGCUGCUGAUGGAUUUGACUGAGGUGCAUCCAUAGUAAUUGCUGUCAUUUGUGUUAUCUCCAGAGCAGCUGUCCAAAUGUCUGUUUUUACUCACAAUGAAGCAAAACCAGCCCUUUGUGAACCAACACUUAUCUACUCUUCCCAGAAAUAAUGAAACAAGCAUUUUAUAAACGUGUUGCAAAGGUUUAGUUUUUGAGAAGCCAGUUAUUUUACAUUAAGGUGCUUCAUUUCUAAAAAGCCAGGCAAAAUAUAAUAUGUACAGUAACUUGUUGUCAGUCCAUACAAUACACUAUAUGGACAUACAGUUUAAACACAUACUCUGUAAAGUUGAUAUAAUCCUAAAUUGGAGCAUUACUCUGCAGUGCUUUCAGCAAAUUGCUAUGUAUGAAAACCAGGCAAAUAUGUACAGGUAUUAACAACAUAGACACAUUCUAUUCAGCUGUUGUACAGAAGAUGUUUUGAGGUACAUGUCGAUGAAUGCUUGAUGAAGAACUGCUGGUAUGAUCACCUAUCUUAACUGAGUUUAUUUCCUUUCUCUUAUCUUUGGACCAACUAUUACUAUUUUAGCUAUGGUAGGCCCAGUCAUCUGGACCAUUAACUUGUCUCACACCCCACUGGGUCUGGGAGGUUGUGGAACACUACUAUGAUGCUACUGAAAAGCGAAGGAGUCACUGGGGCGGUAAAACAGUGGGGGCAUGUUUUUGUUUUUAUGUGUGUGUCUUGUGAGUGUGUAUUUACAUGUGUGUAUGGAGCAAGUAUAGCUUAAGUUUGUGUUUUUUUUUCUUCCUAGCAAACAUGUGCAUAGUUGAUCUGCUAUUUUUAGCAUGGGUAUUAUAUGCAUUUAUGUUAUAGGAUUAGAUGUAUCCUAAUUCCACAUUUAGAUUUGCACAGAGGAGAUGCAAUGUGAAAUGAGGCAUUAGUGCAGUUAGUAGGUCUGUUUUGAUAAGCAACUGUGAUGAUGCGGGUAAAGACUUUCUGCAUGGUCACCCAGCCUAAAGUUAGAAAACAUGACAUCAUCAGCACAGCUGGGUGGUUGUGCCCUGUACACUAUAUAUAUGGCCUCAACUCUCAUAAUGACGGUGUUUUGCUGCUCAGUUAGGUCGUUUCUGUGGUGGAAACUGUGUGACAGUUGGUGUACAAAGAGAGAGAAAUGGUAGGCGGGAAGAUCACAACUGUCAUUAGGUAUCGUUGUGUAUUUUUAUUUGUUGUUCAAGGGAGGAGGUCUAUAUUUGUUGGAAGAACAGAGCAGUGUGUUUCAACCACUGACUGUAAAAACAAUGGACAGGCUGACAGCUCCCGCAAGUUGAUCACCCCUCUGGGUGCUGGUUGCGCUAUAUAUCAUAAAUCCUGCCUCUUCCAUGUUAGUGGAUGGGACAUCAGCCACACUAAAAAACUCAAAAGUCAAAAAAUCUUUCCCAAAGUAGAAGUGGUCAUUUUUCUCGAUAAGUUUGUUUUUAGCUAUUUGAUGAUAUAAAAAGGGGCAUGUUUCGGUUGAUUUGACAGCUUAGAUUGGCAGUUUGAUGCCGUCAUUCCACUUCUAGUCGCUACUGUGCAGAGUCUGUUGUAAAAAGCCAGAUGGUAGCCGCCAUAUUCAUGAUAUUUUGGCUUCACUUUUUCAUAGUGUACGGAAGUGGUGACGCCAUUGUCCAUUGUAUAUACAGUAAAUGGUUUCAAACGUUUCUCAUUUCAAAAUUAUAUAAGAUACUGAGCUGGCGCCCGGGCCCAGUUCACUCAUUUGGUGGCUUUUAUAAGCAGCGCUUUAAUCAAAAUUAAGAAACAGACUGUAUUUUCACUGUUUCAUUACUGUAUGUUGCUAUCAGCGUGUUAGAUUGAGAAAUGGGAAGAGGGUGUUGCACUUUUACCUAAAACAGGGCUGGGUCAAAAGAAAAUAUUAAUAACCCUCCCAACCCAAGUGAUUUUCAUUCCUGAUCAGAAAGGCCUCAUUUCACAAUCUGUCUUUGUUGUGCAUUACUGUGCUCAAAUUGUGAAGGACUCUUAAGCUAAUCUCUUACUGAUUUAUUAUUAUUUUUUGCCCCUUUUUUGUCAUUUUUAAGGAAUACAAAACAGUCUAAAGGUUCACAGGAUGAAUGGGAAAGUAUUUUUGAGAGAAUUAUAUUUUGCUGGAAAACAAUAUUUAAGUACUUUGUCUAAAAUGAUAUCCUUUUUGUAAAAUGAAAUGUUAAUGCAUGCUUUUUGAUGAGAUGUUUACAUUGUAUUUAAAAAAGGGAAACUUGUGCCUUUUUAUCUCACCUGAUUUACAGUUUUACAGUAUAUAUUGUAAAUAAUAUAGCAAGUCCUUAUGUUGAGUAUAGUAUAAGACAUUUCUACUUUAACCAUCUUGUUGAAAUAUUGAGAAAAAAAAAAACUAUGUGUUUCUCACUCGCCAUGUUCUGUGUGUUGGAUGACAAAGAGUUUAUAGUUAGGGUCGGUACCAGAAAGGGCCAAAUAGGGAAAUGAAUGUAUAAUACAUUGUGAGAGACUUAUGGAACCUACUACCUGAAUGUUAGAGAGAGUACAUUUAUUAUCUUCUUAUUAAGUAAAGUUCUUUGAUUUGGCAUCUUUUUUAAACUUUUUGUAUCAUUGUUCACGUGGCAAAAAAAAAAAAUAAGAAUAAUGAAAAAAACAUUUCUUAUUUUGUAACAAGAUGUACAGUAUCAAGUGAUGGAUCCUUGAAUUGUUGCUGUUGAAAUGGUCUCCUAAACAAUGGUGGUAUUGUUGAUGAGCACCACAAUAAAAUCAAGAAGUCACACACUAUUGAAACCAGGAUACAUGGGAGAAAGUUCUUGACUUUUCAGUUUGAAAACAAACUUUGUGGACACAAAAUAAUGAUGUCAUCAAGCCCCCGUUUGACCCCUCCACCCUCUGGAUGUAUAGGAGUUGACUGCUGGCCAUUAAAAUUCUUUGGCUAUUAAAAAAGGAAUAGUUGGACAUUUUUCCCUCCAACAAUUAGAUGAGAAGAUCAAUACAACUUUCAAGUCUGUGCAUUAGAUGUGAGACAUUAGGAGACUGUUAGCAUAGUUAAAAAAUGCUUAACCAAACAAAACAAAACAAACAAAAAAAACACCUAGCCAGUUUAAUCCUUGUUUAAUCCACAUGGAACUUGUUACAGUAUGUGCCAGACUGAGUCUCCCUGCUGUAAAACCACAACUAUUCAUUUUUAAUUCUGUCUUUGUAUGAACUAAACCAAUGAGCUAUAACAUGUUGUAGUGAGCUUCUGAGGUGCUGGUAGGCAGAUUUGGUUAGCAGGUUCAUUGUUUCCCCAUCUCCAGGCCUAAUGCAAAGCUAAGCGAACUGUAUCCUGGCUGUAGCCUCAAAAUGUUGAAACUACUCCAUUAAAAGAACAAGAUUAAUGAACAGUUUAUUAAUGGUCAUCUAUCACUGCUUACUGUAAACAAUAAAUAAAAACCUUUCCCCUAUGCAAGAAAGCACUGUUAUCUUCAAAGCUGUCCCCUUCUAAAUGAACUCUCCUUUUAUGCAUGAAUGGCUCAGAUUAUGUCCAACUGCUGUUUCACAGUACACUAUCGCGUCACCGUACUGCCGUACUGUAUGUGGAGUCACAUCAUUGACAUUUUCUGUUCACAGUGCUUAAUCGGGUGUAGAGAGACUAAGCCAUAUCCCCA